UAUAUAUAUAUCUAGCACAUCUAUACUACCUACUGUACCAGCUGGGCGUAUUUUCGACUGACAAUAAAGUAUAAAACUACCGCAAUCAUGUCUGUCACUGAGGAUCAACUUUCGGAAAUGCAGGAGUGCUUUAGUCUCUUUGACAAGAGGGGAGAUGGAAAGAUUGAUACAGAGCAACUCGGAGAUGUCAUGAGAGCCAACGGGGGUAAUCCAACUCAGGCUGAAGUCAGGAAACUUCUUCAAGAUUUUGAUUCUGGACACAGGGUGCCAUUUGAGGAGUUCUUACCAAUCAUGACAGCAACUAUGAAGAAGAAGGAACAGGGCACCCAGGAUGAAUUCAUUGAGGGUCUGAGGGUAUUUGACCAGGAGGGUAAUGGCUCCAUCAACUUAGCUGAGCUCCGACAUGUGCUCACCAACCUGGGUGAGAAGAUGACCGAUGAGGAGGUUGACAGUUUGGUUGGUGGAUGUGAGGAUGCUCAAGGUCAAGUCAACUACGAAGAAUUUGUCAAGAUGGUGUACAGCCGCUAAAUGGAGAUUUACCCCAAGACGUGUUCCAAUUCCCCCAUACUUCACAACAAAAUUCAGUCAUUGCUGGAAGCCUCUACACCUUCUGUCACUUUCAAGGACAUAUCUGCAAAACUGAUAUGAUGACAAUCUAUCCUGUAGUAAAGGUGUCACCAUUGGCAUGACAUUGGAAACAAAGUAUCCGUCUGUUCAGAACCAUAAGGGCAUUAACUCUGUGUUAACUUAUAGGAGCUAACGUCCUUCUGGGAUCAAACAGAUGAUAUUUAUAGUACCUAUAGAUGUGUUUGUUCAUCAUGCGAUAACAAAAUGGAAGAAACAACAUGUUUUGACUAUCGCUAGGCAAAUCUUUCCAUAUAUUCAUCAAGGUAUAUUUAUGUGUUCCUAGUUACCUGUCAAAGAUCCAUGUACUUUAGGUCCUGCCUGUAAAACAACUAAAAUUAUUGAUAAACACAGGCAUUGAAGAGUCUUCAUGCCAGCCUGAACAGAAUUGCUCGAAUUCGCUGCCUACGUACACAAAGUUAGAUAUCCAACAGUUCUUGGGAUACAAAUCCAAUUCUGGUUAUAUUUUAUAUGCCACCAGUCAUCUUAAAAAUAUGCAGCAUACAAAGAUAAACUACACAUUAUACAAAGACAAUACAUGGGGGCAGAAAUCUUUUCUGAGGAUUCAUGAUAAAAGUACACAUAUAUGAACACAUAUAUUUUGAAACAAUGUGUAACCAAUUAUAUUGAUCUUACCUUUUAACAGGUGUUAAUUAACAAUAUAUGAUAGAUGCUCUUGUAUUACAGACUUUAUAUUCUAAAUGAUAAAAUGAUUCCAUUGCUGAAACCUGAAGGUCGAUGGUGUAUCAAUGAAAGAAUAAUUAUAAAAACGUCAAUCGUCAUUUUUUUUUCACUCCGUAAUUGUAUUCUUUUCUAAAGAAUUUUGAAGAUCAUGAAAAAGGUCUGAAGGGGUAGAGGAAGCUGAUUUAAGGCUAGAUUUUUAUUUGUAAAAUUGGCAACAAUAAGUUUCUGUUUGGUGUGUGUUUUUAAGGGAAGUUGAGAAUAUCUGUUUUCAUAUUAUUUCCAAAUGUGUUUAUUAUAUGCAUUCCAAGCUAGAAAAAAAAAAAUACAGUUUGUUUGUUCAUCUUUAUUUGGAGAUCUACAACUAUUUUUCUGGUCUCACAAAAGAGUUAAAAUCUGUUUAGAGAAUAGAGGUGAAAAAGAUGGCUAGAAUAUUAACAUUCAUUGAGAAAUCAGUCGCAGAAAGGAAUAUGUAUAUUGAAUAGUGCUUCCGUCUCCAUAUGGGUGGACUUUAAAACAAGUAUUUAUGAUAUAUUUAAUGUUGAUUCUACAUCAACUGCCUGUAGCUUAGUUCUUGUAUAGGAAGCGCUUUAAUUCACAUUGUUUAAUACUGCUUUGAAUUAGAGAAUACAUGUACUGUGUGGUAGUAUACAUGUCAUCCGCUAUUAACCAUAUGCUAAUACUGGCCCAGUAAUACAUGUUAUCAAAUACAUGUAAUCAGUAUUGAAGAUAAAUUGGUAUUCUGGACAAUUGUGGUCGGGGGGGGGGGGGGAUUUUCCUUGCAAAUUUUUUCUCUCAAAUUUGGAUGGUUAAUUCAUUUAAUCUAAAAGAAUGAUGAAAACAUGUUAGACAUAAUUUUGUUUAUUACUUUUUUUUUUUUUUUUUUUUUUUACUUGAUUCUUGGAAACAAUUAUAUCCCAAUCCCCAAUCUUGGUGAUGAUUAUCAAAUGCCUAUAAAUAUAUUUAUUAGUUUUAGAACAGUGAUUUAUGUGUGACAUUAAUAACAGUCUAUACAAAUUACUAACAAAACCAAAUAUAUAAUACAUGUAGAUUGUACUUUUUCUUUUGUACCAAAUCGGAUUAAUACCUUGUGCUAAUUUCAAUAAAGUAACUGUUAUGCUUGUA